CUCCUCCCUGGUACCUCCCGCGCCUCCUCCACCGUCGCUUGUGAAUUAAAAAAAGAAAAAAGGGGGAAAAAAACUAAAAAGCGAGGCUAGGUAUCUGGGAUCCCCUUGUCCCUCUACUCGAAAGCCCUAGCCCUCGAUCUCGGCCUCUUCAGGACUCUUCCAGCCAUGGCGACGACUCGGGUGCUCUCCCAGAAGGAGCAGGACAUCCAAAUGAUGCUUGCCGCCGAAGUCCAUCUCGGCACCAAGAACUGCGACUUCCAGAUGGAGCGUUACGUCUUCAAGCGACGAUCCGACGGUAUUUUCAUCAUCAACCUUGGUAGAACUUGGGAGAAACUUCAGCUAGCAGCUAGGGUCAUCGUUGCCAUUGAAAAUCCUCAGGAUAUUAUUGUCCAAUCUGCAAGGCCAUAUGGUCAGAGAGCUGUUUUGAAGUUUGCUCAGUACACGGGUGCUCAUGCUAUUGCUGGGAGGCACACUCCUGGAACCUUCACCAAUCAGCUUCAGACAUCCUUUAGUGAGCCACGUCUUCUCAUCCUCACUGAUCCUAGAACCGAUCAUCAGCCUAUCAAGGAAUCUGCUCUGGGAAACAUUCCAACCAUUGCCUUCUGUGACACCGAUUCUCCAAUGCGAUAUGUUGAUAUUGGAAUUCCUGCAAACAACAAAGGGAAGACCAGCAUUGGCUGCCUCUACUGGUUGUUGGCUAGGAUGGUUCUCCAGAUGCGUGGUACUAUUGCUCCUGGGCACAAAUGGGAAGUGAUGGUCGAUCUAUUUUUCUACAGGGAUCCUGAGGAAGCUAAGGAACAGGAAGAAGAGGCUCUGGUGGCCCCUGAACAUGGUGGAAUUGCUGAGUACAGCAGUGUGUUACCCAAUGAUCAGUGGACUGCUGAACAGUGGGUGCCUGACAUGGGAGCUGUAGCUCCCGCUGUUCCUGCAGUGCCUGGUGUUGAGUGGGCUGCUAUUCAAGCUCCUGUUGCUGCUGAUGGAUGGGAUGCAGCUGCAGCUCCAGCUCCAGCUCCAGCUCCAGCUCCAGCGCCAGCUCCGCCUAUGGAAGGUGUUCCUCCUGUCGUGCCCUCUGGUUGGGAUGCUGCCACACCUGCUCCCUCGGGCUGGGAUGAGGUGUAGGCUGAUUGCAUUUCAAGAUCCUCUUGUCAAAUUUCCAUCUAGAAUUUAAUCUUUAGAUGUUUUAAGAAGCCUUUGUUUGCUACGAGUCUUCACUGCGCAGCUAUGAACUAUGUUGCCAUAGUGUGUUUCUUCUUUCUUUUUUAUCUUUUUUUUAAGCUGGAAACAUGAUGUCAGUAAAUUUUGAAGAUUCAGAUAGAAAAUUUGUGUGUUCAUGGCCUCGUGUU